UGUGAGUGGAAUAGUCCGUCUGAUUACGUCAUUCCGAGAAAUUCAGCUGAUCUUCAGUCAUCAAAACAAACUGGGACCUGAGUCAUAAGCGGGAAAUUUUUACCCAUUUUCACCUGAAAUUCGACACGAGGAGGACCGCUUCUGUUGAAAAUGAAGUUUCAGUACAAGGAGGAACACUCCUUGGAACAACGCCAAGCAGAGUCUGACAAGAUAAGAAGAAAAUACCCUGACCGGAUACCCGUGGUAGUAGAGAAGGUGCCCAACUCCCAGAUCCAAGACAUAGAUAAGAAGAAGUUCCUGGUUCCGACUGACAUCACCGUGGCACAGUUCAUGUGGAUCAUCCGCAAACGCAUCAAGCUGCCCUCGGAACGCGCCAUCUUCUUGUUCGUGGGGAAAGUCCUGCCGCAGUCAAGUGCCAAUAUGGGCCAAAUCUACAAUGAACACAAAGACGAGGAUGGAUUCCUCUACAUCGCAUACAGUGGCGAAAACACCUUUGGAUUCUAAAUGGAAGGAUCAAUGACAAAUUUUGAUGGACACGUGUAUCACGGUGUAUGCCCCCAAAC